AUGUCUGGUCUGAUUGGACUCAUUAUUACGAUUAUAGUACUGCAUGGCGCCGUCGGACAAGGACCUAUAUGUACUAUAACGUUACCUCCCAACUUCUUGUCUGCAAAAGGACUGGCAACUCCCUUCAAAACUUCAGGAUGUACCCAGACAGUCACAAAUCAGCAAGUCUUUGCAGAAGCAACCAUAGUCAAUCCUAUUACUGGCGCCAUCUAUAUCUUCAAUCCUGUUAUUGCUGACAAGAAUAUGAAUGCACGGAUUCCGAUAUUGCCAACUAUAAACCCCGGGGACGUUGUUGGUCUCUGGUUUGGAUCAAACGCGAUGGGCAUCAAGCUGAAACCUUCCAAAGCCGGUGAACUAUCAUUCCUUACGUGCGUACAAGGAGAUGGUAAAACCAACUUUGGUCAAAUGGCGUUCUGCAAUGCAGCCGCCUUCUUUGUAGCAGCCAAAAUCGCCAUCAAGACCGGACAACUAUCCAUCCCACCGUUAGGAACAUCUCCCAAAUCUGGCAAACCUUGCUAUACAGUUCGAAGUUUCGAGGUAGUCGACCAAGAUCAGUCCGAUAAUGUCGUUACGGAAUACAUUCUGGCAAAUCUCGCUGGUGGCGGAACAGAGAUUGCUCAAUUCUCCAAAGCAAACAUGCAGUAUUAUCAAGCUCAGCAAAAAGCUGGUAAAGUCACCAGCUUUACUACAAUUAUGAAUGGAAGCGAUAAUCGGCUGGUGUCUGUGGGGUUGGAUAAUGCUCUUGGAUGUAAGCCAUUUGAAGCUCGGGAUCAAGCUGAUGUGGGCGCCGUAAGGCCAUCCUUAGCAUUGAAUGAGCUCUUUGCAAGUCAACAUGAAGGACAGUAUGGAACGGUAGCGCUUGUACCUCAAAGUGAUCCAAUGGUAGUCGAUGGCAAUGGUAACGCUGAUUUAAAGAAACUCAAUUUGUAUCGAGCAGGCGUCGAUCAACCAUUACAACCCAAGCUUAACCCACAAUCAGAUGUCGACUACUGUAGCAACAUGUUGACAAUUGGCGCUGCAUCCAUCAAAGCAGACAAACCAUUUUAUAUUGAAGCACCAACUAUUGAUCCAGCUGUCGGAACAAAUCUUUGGACAUUCAUGGGAGCGAGAUUCCAGGCAUCUUUUGUUAAUCUUGAUUGUUUGGCCCUGCUGGAUAAGACUCAAGAGCCUGUUGUGGCAGUUACGAAUGCUGAUGGUGUUGCCACGGUACAGGACAAUCAACUCAUACAACAUGAUCACCUUGAUGCUCCACUUACACAGUUGCUUGCAUAG